GAAAACUCCGCUGAUGUCGCUGCCAUCGUUCGGAAGGGUUCGGUUUCAAAAUGGCAGCCCCCAUGAUGAAAUUUGUGUUACAUGAUUCUGUGCCAAAGGCACUGGAGUCUUGUGUUGGACCUGAGUCAUAUGGCUAUUUGUGUGGGAUUUGGAAUCGAGAGAAAUGGAUAGUAAUUGGAGCACUUUCAUGUCGUGUUCAGAAAUUGUCUUCGCUUGUUAGCCAGCUGAAAGAAACUCUAGUUCUUCUCCCUGGAGGUGUAGGAAUAUGUGGUGUGUAUUAUGGUAGUCAGGAGACAAUUACCGAGGAGCACGUAAAGCAGUUUGCAUUCAAGAAUCUAACUGCUGAAUUUCAGGAGAUUUCUGGAUGUGAGUCGCCAUGCAUUGUAGCAGUACAUUUAGUGGCGGGUGUUAAGCCCAGUAAUAUCUAUCAGUAUGACAUCAGGAACACAGUUAUAUCUCAGCCUGCAUGCUGCAUCUCGGACGUGCCUUCGGAUAAAGUUGUGCUAAGAGUCCAGGGCAAGCUACGACUCAGUUUUGACCUUAGUGGCAAUAUAUGUGAGACAUUGGCGAGUAUCAGAAGUGCAGUGUCAGACCUUAAGCAGCUGGUGAGCAGCAACGUCUCUGCAUUCCACGUACGGCAGAGCAAUGUGCUGCUGCAGAAGGAUGCCAGCAGUAGCCUGAUGUUUGUCUCUGACCUGUGGGCAUCACUGCAGACAGAUGACGCUAGAGCGAUGGAGGCGAAAAAGAAGACCGUGCAGAAACGAGCUGUUGUGGAUGUAGGCCUGCUACUACAGACAACAGGUGAUAAUGCUGUUGGAAGGACUCUCACGUGCAUACCUGUUAUCCAGCUAGAAAUGAAGGCUUUUACCACUGUGAUACACCAGCUUUCCAUAGAUGCAGUUGCCAUAGUGAUGGAGUCUGAUCCUGCUGCUAAAAUGACGGUCGUACUGUGUCAAGCUGUGUGCCGCCAACUGGAUGCCAUUGACUUGAGCUUCAGGAAAUUCCACAAGUGUGUGCAGUCGUCAUUGAUGAGGCCCCACCACUUCAACCCAGACAUGCUUGAACACCUUGUGACAACUAUAUAUCCUGACAGCAUGGAUGAUGCAGCGCUAGAGAGCUACCGAAAAGAACUGCAUGAGAGAUUACACCUACCAGACGAUCGGCCAUUGUUGAAAAAGGCUGAAUGCACUUUUUAGUGCAUGUAGCCAGGCGAUCGCGGGUAUCUUACUAACCCUCAUGUAGGGCUUUUGCCAUCUGGUGUGAAUGGUGGAAGACAGUACUUGGUGCAGGGUGUGUAUGCGUACCACCACUACAUGCAAGACCGAAUAGAUGACAACCACUGGGGCUGU